AGACGGGCAUGCGCGGCGCGCCGGCCACCGAGCCCCUUCUCCGUCACCCGCCCAUGCGCAGAGCCCAUGCGCAGAACCUUCGCUGUCGAGGCCCUAACGGCGCACGCGCAAGGGGGGACGAGCGCUGAGCGGGCAGGCCCCGCCUGCUUUCCCUGUCUGCGCUUGCGCAGCGAGGGUCCUGUGGCUAGAGGGGACCGGGCUGCCCCUCCCCAAAUCCGGAGGAACCGGUGAGUGUUGGGUGUGCGUGUGUGCGCCCGCCCGGUGCAUUAUGGGAAAGGGGCAGAUUUUUUUGUUUGUUUGCCUGCCCUCCCCCCAUGGUCCUUAAUACCCCCCACCCCACUAGUCGCAGUGCAGCAUGGGAUUGUGGGCUCCUCUUGAGGUCCAUGAAGCCCCAGAGCAUUAUGGGGACUGAACUCAGCUCUGUUCCAUACCUGGGGCGAGGGGCUGACCUCUGCUCUCCCAGAGCAUUAUGGGAGCGGUCCAUACAGUGUCAGCCCCAGGGCAUUGUGGGAUGAAGUCUCCCCUUGAUCCUCCACUCUUUUCCUCCUCCUCCUGUGCUCUCUGGGGGUCUCUCUUUCUCCCCACCCCACAAAUCCCCCAGGCCCCCAGUGCCUCCAUCCAUGUUGCGAGCCGAGGAGCCUGUGCCAGACAUUUAUAACUAGUUCUGCUCCUCUUCCAGGUUUGGGCUGCUGGCGUUAAGGGGUGAUGUCUGAAGUACCCAAGCAUGUGGAAGCUGGGAGCUCAGAGGACAUUGGCUUUGAGGAGGAGAAGGAGGAGGAGGGGACUUCGACCGGUGAGCAAAGUGUAGUGAGCUGCAAGGGAGAACUCCCGUUUGCUUUGAGGGGGUGGGAGGGUAGGGUAUGGGGGUGCUUGAGUUUCCCUCCCUCCUGCCAGUAGGCCUGUGUGGUCAGGUAGAGGGCACCUUGGUUUGUACGUAGGUGCUAGACCCACUGCGCCAGGGGGAUUGGGAGCAUAAUAUAAUUCUUCCCUGCCAACUCGCAGAUCUGCUGGCCCGCCUAAGCAGAGCAACAGUUGAUUUACGUCCAAGGGCUGCCCUGAGAGUAGUAAGUCUCCGUUCGCAUGAGAGGGCUGGAUGUUAGCAUCCUGUAGAGCUAGGCUGCAUAGGGUUUGGUGUUACCGUUAACUUUCCCACUGGCUGCAGUUGUUUCAGCAGGGCACUAGGGGGUGGUAUCCUACAAGAAAGGGCGCAGGCAGCUGCAGAACCUUUAGGAGAACAUUUGUCCCACUCUCCUAACCACGGUACUGCUGAGUACUAAGCAUUGGUUUGUUUUCAUCGUAGGUAUGAUCCACACACACGCACACCCCACCUGUUGUUAGUGGGCUAUUCUUGGAUUGGCUCCCAAGAGCUGAGUAGCACAGCUGUUUAAAUAAGCCCAUUGAAGCUACUAGUAUUUUGUUAGUAAUCUACUGGAGUGCUUUGUGUCUCCAUUCUGGCUGUAGAGCAGAGGAGGUGCCUUCUUUUGCAGGCAGCAUGGAAAGUGCAGAAUAGUAGCUUCUUAGCAGACUGCGGGGCACGGGGGGGGGCUGCGGGGGAAAGAAAAGCCUUCUACCAAGUGGGUUCGUGGAGAAGGGGCAGAGUAUAAGGCUGUCAGAGGUAGUAUCCAUCCCACUUGCAAGAAACCUUGGAAGGGGAGAGUGCUCUUGUGCUUGGAUCCUUCUCCCUGGUUUCCCAUAGCCAUGUGGUAGGCCAUUGUGAGAACAGGAUAUUGGGCUAGAUGGGCUCUCUGUAUAUUAUAUUCUCUCAGUCUAUAGACCUCUUGGCCUUGAAAUCCCAGUUCCCAGUUGAAAGGUGACAUUUGUGGAGCAGGAGUAGGCACUGAGGAGGAGAUACUUGUCUUUAUGGUGAUCUCUUCUGGAUGGCUGGCAGUGGUGCCAUAUGUUCAUGGCAGUGCUCAAUUUGUGGCCAGCCUCUAUAGCAUACAGAUGUAUGAUUUGCUUGGUUCAUUGUGAGCUCUCUUUGACCAAAAUCAUCAUUUUGAUUCAUUAUUUAGGCAAAUUAUAUUACCAUGGAGCUUAGGGUGGGCUUAGAAAAGAAAUAUAUGCAAUAACCCAACAACAAACUUGCAAAGGAAAGUGUAAGUGAAUGAAGCUUCACAGAUGAUGAGGGUUUUGAAUUUGGGUCUCUCUCUCUCUCUUCCCCCCUUCUCCUCCCAGUCUAAACACAGCAGUUGAGCCACACUGUCUGCUCAUCCAUCCUAUGUCAGGGACCCAGUUCAGACACCUAGAACUUGUAAAAAGGCAGUUGCAGAAUAUACAUUUUUCUCCUGGAAACUUGUGCAAGCCUGAGCAUCAUUCAGGAGUGGAAAACUCUUGUGAGACCUUUUGAUGGGCUUUCAUUUAUGAUGGCUAGCCUUUUAGUGGAAUGAGAGUUCAGGCAAGGUUGUGUGUCUUUCUUAGUUCUGCACAAGCACAUGGAAAGUGUGACAAUGGGAACUAGAUACAGAUUUUAGUGUUCUCAGUCUUGGCUUUAUUCUUUCCAUUUUUAAAAAGAAGAAGAGGAACAAAUAUCUAGUCCCUUAGGUUGAGAACAUGGCCUUGGAAGUGUCUUUUGUCCUGGGGAGCCCUGCCUUAAAAUCUCAGCUCACAAAAUGGUCUCAGCCUCAGUUUGCCACCUGCAAAAUAGACAUGGGUGUAGCCAGAGUUGAUUCAAGGGCUGUUGAGUAUCUUGACUACUUACUUAUUUUGGUCAAUAUCCUACUUCAUUGUAAAGGUGGGCAAUGUGUUACACAAAGGAGCUGCAUUUUUAAGAAUAUAUUUUGAAGGUACAGCAUUUCAAAUGAGACCUUUGGUGGAUAAAGGUGCAUUAUAUCUAUAUAAAUAGGUGCAUGAAACAUAUUUGAGGUUUCAAAAGAGUAGUUAUUCAUGAGGGAUGUGGAGCUAUGUGUGUGGAAAGGGGAGGGAAGGUGGAGAUAGAAAAUCAUUAAUGGAUUGGGAUAUUUGGGAUGAGUCCUUACUUUUGAAUGCAUCUGUAUUCAAGCCUCCUCCUCUGAUGAACUAGCCUAGAGCUGUCUGAGGCUCUGCCAGUUAUGGACUGUGAUUCUUCUAGGUGUCUCUACCAUGCACGAGGAAGAGGAUGAAUCUGAAGCUACAUCCGUAUCUUCUGGAGACAGCAGCCCCCCUACCCCAUCAGCCCAAAGCCUUCCAGGUACAAGGACAUGAAAACGUCAUAUCACAAAGCAAGCUUUCCCUGUAGCAAAAUGGCUGAACUAGACUGUUAAAGGGGGGUCUUGUGUUGGAGCUGGGGCUCAAUUUGACUCUGGAUUUAGCCACCCAUUCGCAGUGCCAGGGAUUCAGCUCAGCAGCCUCAUGCUAGUCAUGAAGAAAGCACCUCUGAGCAUUUCAGGAGUGCAUUUCCAACACCGCUAACUGUAGCCCUUGCCAUCCUUCCGCAUUUUAGAGGAGUUAGCAGAAUUUCUGGAUUACAGGGUGCGGCUUUCAGGCUGCCUUUGAGCCCCAGAACUUCCCCAGCCCCAGGAUUUGACUUCCCCCACCCGCUUUGAAUGACAGAAGCUGAUAUGCAAAAUAAAUAAAAUAAAUAUUAGGCAGAUGGGAAGAACUUGCUGUAACUCCGAAACCUGGAGGUGGUGUUGUUGUUUGUACCUCACUGCAUUUCCCCCCUUCCUCUGCCUCUUUUAUUAGGCCCCCGGAGCAAAGAGCCGCAGGCGACAGUUGGGGAACUGGUGGACGAUGGCGGAGAGGCUGGGCAGGAUCAGCUGAGCUCCUCGCUGGCUCCCAGCCCUGAGUGGCAUGAAUGCCCCGAAUGCGGCCGUGGCUUCGGCACUUCACGCGCCCUGAAGGUGCACCGCAGCUACCACGAGGGGCGCAAGCGGCCACACAGCGGCUCCUCUUCCUCCAAACAGCCACCGCCUCUGAUCCUGCCCAGUAACCCCAACAACCCAGAAGGGCGAGCAGCCCCCACCUCUGGCCGGGGCCGAGUUUUUCACUACAUAUGUGCUGAGUGUGGCCUGGGCUUUGCCUCCCCGGCCACCCUGGAGGGUCAUCGCUGCGAACACGGCUGGUGCUGGAGCCCCCCGCCCGCACCCCAUAACAAGCUCCCCCCCUCCCCCACCCUGAGGGAGGCCAACGGGGACCAGGACACAGAUGGGGCCGACGGACCGUACCACUGCACCGAGUGCCCGGGGGAGUUUGGCUUGGUGUCAGAACUUCACGAGCACUACAUGCUCCAUGCCCGAGGAGAGCUGUAGAUCACAUCUUUUCUGCCCCUCCCCAAUCCCACUUCCUAAUCUAAUCAGUGGCGCCUGCCAGGACUCUGGGAGAGAAGUGAAGCCUCCUUCAUUUUUUUAUUUUUUGAGGUCCUCUUUUAGUUUCAUUCUAUUUUUCUAAAAUGAAUUUAGCAGGAGGGGAGGAGAGUUGGGAGGGUACGCGGUUGCUACGGAGCAAUCCCUCCUGCAUGCCCUGCCUCCUCAGAGUAAGUGUAGCAAACGCAGGAGCCCCCUGCCCACCUGCAGGGAAGGGAGCUGUUGCCUUCUCCCUGCCCCCAGAGAGAGGAGCUAUCUACGGGUCUGGCGCCUGUAGGUCCUAGCUAAUUAUUCCCCAAAGGGAGCCCAUGUCAAUGGGCUUUUUGCAAUGGAAGCACUAAGCAGUAUUGGGCGUGUUGCUCAUCUUUAAACAAUUGAACCAGGAGAGAUUUUAUUCUAGGCCUAUCUCAAGGUUGAGGGAGGAGGAAGGGGCUGGGUUAGAACGGCAUGUCCUGUGCACAAGGGUCCUGCAUCCCUGCUGCCCACCCUCUUACUGUGUAGACAGUCCCCUUCCCAAUUUAGGUGCCCAUCCUCUCGCUUGUCACCAUCUUUGGCACCUGGGUGGUCCAUGCUGAACCGAAGCUGUGUUCCGUCUGUCUCUGUGUGUGCGUGUGCGUGUGUUUGGCUUUUUAAAGAGAGCGGCUUCUAGAGACGGCAUCCAUUCAGCAUCAAUCAUGAAUAUUAACAACCUCUCUUCGCAGUAGCUGGGAGAGUCGGUUUAAUAAAAGUGAUUCUGUAUGUGUGAC